GAUUUGAGGAAUCGAACUCUGCCUCUUGUCCUGUUUUCAUGGCUCUUUUCCCGGCAGAGAUGGUUUACAUUAGGCGGAUUUGAUUCGAGCUUUCCGUGUCGGUGUGUUUUUCUUACAUCAGGAGGAGGUCCAGGAGGGUGUGAAGGAUCCAGGAAGACUUAUUCUAAAUCUCGGCCACUGUUUUUUUUUGUUUUUAUUUGCUGAUUGAAAAAUGAUGACCUGAUGUCGGAAACCUUGGACACUGUAUGACCCCCAAUGGUGGGUUUGAUUGAGGCACACCAGGAAAAGGCAGAUUAAUUUCACACGAAUUGACCAACACCAUGUGCUCAACCAACCAUCCGGCUAACUGGGUGACAUUCGAAGACGAAGGCACCCCCCUGUCCUCGCCGCAGAAAAGCCUGCAGUCUCCUUCGUCAAAUUCCGGGUCAAUACCUCGACCAAAUGGCUUGAAAUUGGUGCUGCCUCCUUUGGGAAGUUCAGCAAGGAGGCUAUCCAGUCCGUUGGAAUCUCCUCAAAUGCCCUUUAGCUUUAACGGGAGCUCAUGUGUACCCAGCAACACUCCCAUGUGCACUCCAGUAAGGGAAACUCCAACCGGUCCGUCUCCCUUUAACUACGACUCUCUCAGACCACCGAGCGUCUUAAGAAGUUUCUCCAACACUUCCACAAAUCUCUCUUCUCCUGAUAGACGUUCGUCUUCUGAGGCACCCACUUCCUUCCCGGCAUUCCAAGACCAAGAUCCGGGUCAUGUCGAUCUAUUUCUGGGUGAAAACAAGCACAAGAGAGAUUCUGGAAGUUCCUCGUCAGACUCCGAGCCUGGAUCAAGCUUGCCUCGCUUCUUUAUCCGAACCAAGGAUGGUUACGAGCCACCGAGGGACCAACUUCAAAACUCCUACUCGUACAUCUGCCAUAAGUUAGAGAGGUUAAAGGCAAAAGAAGGCCAAGACCAAGAGAGCGAUGAGAGAGAUUUGGAUAUGAGCAAAAUAAAGGAUAUCGAUGCAGGAAGAAGUCCUUCUUCCUUUGUUCCACAGGGACUCUUCCUCAGCCAGAGGAGGCACGGCUGGUCAUUAAUGCUGAGGAUCCCUGAGAAAAAGAACCGUAUGUCAUCCCGCCAGUGGGGCCCUAUAUACUUACAGUUACUCCCAGGAGCCGUUCUCCAAAUGUAUUAUGAAAAAGGUUUGGAGAAACCUUUCAAAGAGUUCCAGCUGAGCUCCAGUUGCUACCUUUCAGGCCCCAAACUGGAAAGCUACAGCGAGCCACGAAAAAUUGCAACGUUGAAGAUCGAACACGUGUCGUAUGUGGAAAGAAAGCGCUACCACCCUAAACCUGAGGUGAUACAUGAAGCUGAAGUGGAGCAGCUCCUGAAGUUUGGCACAACAGAGUACAGAGACAUGGAGGACUUGCUGGUGUCCCUUGAGGAAGAGCUGAUGAGAUUACCGGGUCCUCUCAAGCAACCAAAACACUAUGAAGAGCAAGAGCUGUCCUUGCAGAUUGCAGACCAUAUCUGGAUGCGAGUAGAUAAGGAGGGAGCCAUGCUGGAACGUGCAGCCAUCACACGGCUCCACUGCUUGGCCUUCAUAAACGGUUCAGCUGAAUGUUUCCUGGCGUUGAACGACCUCGGGCUUCUGAACAAAGACUCUAAUUACGGCUCUGAAGAGGAUGAAGCAUGGAUGGAGAUCGCCGAUUACCACUUUCACAAGUCUGUGAGAGAAGCUGAAUUCGAAGACACUAGGUUGAUUAAGUUCUCGCCACCGGAUGCCAGCAGGGUGGAACUUGGGCGCUACAGGACAGUAUCGCUGAACUGUGGAGACUUGCCUUUCUCAGUAAAGGCUACGGUCACUGUUCAAGGUGCCUACCUGGAGCUCCAAGCCUUUCUCAAUGUGCAGUCAUCCUUCCCUUCACUCGGGGCACAUUCAGAAACGCUUUGCGAAAACGUGAUAAUCCAGGUUCCUCUGCCUGGGGAUUGGGUGAAAGUGCCUCGCACCAUCUCGCUGCUCUGGCAGAAAUCCAUCAAGGCUCGCAUGAACAGAAACGCCUGCCUGGGCUCAGUAAACGUCACGGAUUCUCACCCGGUCAUGCAGGUGACUGUCGGUACUGUCAAGUAUGAGAACGUAUACGGAGCCAUCGUUUGGAGGAUCGACAAACUGCCCGCUAAGAACAUGGCAGCAGACCAUCCCCAUUGCUUCUCCUGUAAGCUGGAGCUGGCGUCGGACCAAGAUAUCCCCACUGACUGGUUCCCAUUCAUCACCAUGGAGUGUGAGGUGGCAGAUACGGUCGCUUCUCAAACCAGGGUGAAGUCUCUGGGAACAGAGAGCGAUAUUCAGCCUCAGAAACACAUCAGCUACAGGGCAUUCUAUCGUUGGCAGCCUAAACUUUACUUAUCCAUCAUUGAUGAUGUGAUAGAGAGCAUCCGAGAGCUGUUUAUUGAUGAAGGAGUGGGAGAGAGAGUACUAGAUGAGCUCAGGCAGCUUUGGGAGUCGAAGGUCCUGCAGUCGAAAGCCGUGGAAGGUUUUGCUAAAGAGAACAUCAACCCGUCCAACUUUGUCCUGCAGCUUCCUGCAAAUUAUUCCCAAACCCUACAGAAGUCCACUACAGCUUCUGGGGUUCUUCCUGCCAGGCAGCAGAGUUUUACAGGGAAAGCUAGCAACACCGGCACGAUCGCGACGUUUUCUCUGCCACCCGGAGUCACGUAUCCUGUUCAGAUCCCUGCAGGUGUGACGCUCCAGACUGCAUCAGGCCACUUUUACAAGGUGAAUGUUCCUGUUAUGGUCACUCAGGCUCCGGGUUGCCAGCGCAUACCUCCUCAAUCCAACCCUCCCCAUGUGGAGCACAGAAACCUGCCCUCUGGUGUCAUUCAUAACCUCUCUGCCUCCAAGGUGCCUCCUCCACCUCCACAAUCCAUACCCGUUCCUCAAGCCCCCAAACCGCUGAUACCCCAACAGCACCCGGUGCUUCAGGUCCCCCUGGAUCCUCCGGUUCAGGCUCAGGUCUCUCCCGAACCUUCAGAGUCGCCCCUAGGAAACCUGGAUGAGUUUACACUGGAUGGAAUCGACUUCAGCCCACAGCCGCUGGACAUGAGCACUCCGCCGGGUCUCUCGGCAGAGCAGAUGGUGGAGAGGGCUGUUAAAGCGGCAGCAGCAGCCAGGAUUAAUGCUGAGGACACUCUGAGUCACUUCCUGCCUGAUCUGGAAGGGACACCGGAUGGUGCACUUAAGCUGGAUAUGGACCUCCUGAGGGACUACAACUUCAACGAGUUGACGGACAUCCCGCAGCUCGACGGCACGUAUGACAGCAGCUCGGAGGCGGGAGAUGAUCAGGAGGAGGAGAAAGAGGAUCGAGGGCCUAACGGGGAAAACGAGUUCCUUGGCAUGAUCAACGCCGAGGCUCUGCAGGCGCUCCAGGGGCUCGGAGGAAGCAGCGACGGAAACAGCAGCUCCUGCAGUGACGGGGAUGAGCUGGAGGUGGAGGAAGAGGAAGAGGAUCCCCUAAACUCUGGAGACGACGUAAGCGAGCAAGACAUCCCCGAGAUCUUCGAUACCGAGAACGUUAUCGUCUGUCAGUAUGAUAAGAUUCAUCGCAGUAAAAACAGGUGGAAGUUUUACCUGAAAGACGGCGUGAUGUGUUACGGAGGGAAGGACUACGUUUUCUCCAAAGCUGUCGGUGAGGCCGAGUGGUGAGACCGCGGGAAAACACCAGGCAAAACACCAUAUGUUUAAAUUGUUUUUUU